AUAGCUCAGUGCACAUGUAUGCACUGUAUGCAGGUUCGUUGGGUGCUGCAUUGACAUACGCGGCAGAAAAUAAAAAACACGAAUCCGAAAUAUGGCAAGUUCGUCGAGAAAUGAUACAAACAAAGUUUGUUGUUACGCACAUCCGGAUGCACCCCUGAUCGAAGACUAUAGGGCAGGAGAUCAAAUUUGUUCAGAGUGUGGAUUGGUCGUAGGAGAUAGGGUCAUAGAUGUCGGUUCGGAAUGGAGAACAUUUAGCAAUGAGAAAGCAGGUGUCGAUCCAUCUCGUGUCGGUGGGCCAGAAAAUCCGCUUCUUAACGGUUCGGAUUUAUCCACCAUGAUCGGCCCUGGAACUGGAGCAGCGUCGUUCGAUGCUUUCGGUGCUUCAAAAUAUCAAAACAGACGUACAAUGAGCAGUUCGGACAGAGCAUUGAUCAAUGCGUUUCGUGAAAUCAACGGAAUGGCUGAUCGCAUUAAUUUACCGAAAACGAUCGUCGACAGGGCGAAUAAUUUAUUUAAACAAGUCCACGAUGGUAAGAAUUUGAAGGGUCGCGCGAACGACGCCAUCGCCUCGGCUUGUUUGUACAUUGCCUGCAGACAAGAAGGCGUGCCGCGUACUUUCAAGGAGAUUUGCGCGGUCAGCAAAAUCAGCAAAAAGGAAAUUGGACGAUGUUUCAAAUUAAUUCUGAAAGCGCUGGAAACCAGCGUGGAUCUCAUCACAACGGGAGACUUUAUGUCUAGGUUCUGUUCCAAUCUCGGUCUUCCCAACAUGGUGCAAAGAGCUGCUACGCAUAUCGCGAGGAAAGCGGUAGAGAUCGAUAUCGUACCCGGACGAUCGCCAAUCUCCGUAGCUGCUGCUGCAAUAUACAUGGCAUCACAGGCCUCCGAGGAUAAAAGAUCGCAAAAAGAGAUCGGUGAUAUCGCUGGCGUGGCUGAUGUUACGAUCAGACAGUCGUACAAGCUAAUGUAUCCUCACGCGGGGAAAUUGUUCCCGGAAGAUUUCAGAUUUGCGACGCCUAUCGAUCAGUUGCCGCAGAUGUAAAAUUAAAACACGGAAGCCUUACGUUUUAAUGUAUAUUUUAUCACGUUGAAACAAUAGUUAUUUGUCUGAAGUAAUCAUCUAUAAAUAAUCGAACCUUUAUUGACAGUAUACAUUCCUGAACGAUCUAUGACAUUGGUAUUAUCUAAUUUAUUGCACACUCGGUACAUUUUUUUUUUUUUUCAACUUUGUUCCUGACCUAUUGGUAUUCGCGGCAGUAAUAGCUUGAUCAUUUAUCUGGUGUGGAUAAUUAUUAAUUUAAGUUGACUCCUUCAAAUGUUUUUGUUUUAGUAUAUUAUUAUAAAAAAAAAAUGUAGAAUAAAUAGGAAGGCAUUAUCGACCAGUUAAGAUCUCACAAAUACAAAGGUGAAACAUUUGUACUACAAUUGCAUGUUACAGAUAUUAUAAAUAUCUUUAAACGGAAAUGGUUGUAAAGUUUCUAAUUUGGCACGUUUAACGCGAACAGAAUUAUAUCGAAUUUCAAACUCGGUGCAAAUGAACUUACGACUUUCAGUUGAUACGAAAUUCUGCCACCAACGACUCUUCAACGCGAUGUAGCACAAUACUUUUCUUUGUAUUUGAUUUUCGAGAAAGUAUAUCGAAGAUCGCGUGUAAAAUAACACAUACAAGGCCUUAAUAUAAAAGUAUCACACAAUACAAUUGUAUAAUACAUACCGUGAUACUUUUAUUAAACGACGAAAGUCAUAUUCACAGUAGAUUUAACUAUAAAUCGAGAAACGACUUUCAUCGAUAGUCGCGCGUAACAUUUUAUUUUUCUUUUCUCAAACCAACACGAAAUUUUAAGUAGAAUCAUCCAGGGAAAUGGUGUUUUAUAUGUUCUUGCUUAAAAUUUUUGAAACUUGUAUGUAAAUGAUGCGAACGAUGCAAUGCAAUAAUUAUAUGUUACGAAUAUGUGUACGACCAAAUUUGAGAAAAUAAUAUUUAAGAGAAACGAAUUUCUCCGGCGGUAUUAAAAAUUAUAAGAGAUGUUGUUUUGCUUUUGAUUUUAUAAUUGGCAAUAAACGUAUACGUUAUUUUCAAUCACGACUAGUUAAUAUAUAUUGUACAAGAAAUUUACAUUGAACUGUAUGAUAAGUUUAAAA